CUAACAGCCUGGAGAUAACUGUCCUAAACUCACGUGGAGCGACAUUAUAAGUGGUAAACAAUGAUUCAGGCGGGCUAUUGAUACACUAAACCCGCAUAUCAGGUCAUAGAGUUUAUUAACAUGCACUUUUUUAGUAGUUGGAGAAGAAGUGCCGCUGUCAUAAAGGUUUCUUUAACGCAUAGUAAACAUGACUGGUUUGUCUUUGGCAGAUCUCUUUCAGUCAAAAGGCUGUUGUGUUCUGUCGGGUCGGAGGAUGACACUAUCUUCGCCUUGUCGUCGGGUCAGGGCAGGUGUGGGGUGGCGGUGGUUCGGGUCAGUGGUCCGGCAUCAGCACACGCUGUCCGCAGUCUGACCCGAGGUUUCCCCGCAGCUCGCACCGCCAGCCUCCGCAGCAUCACUCACCCGCAGACCAAAGAGCUGCUGGACCGCGGCCUGGUCCUGUGGUUUCCAGGUCCUGGUAGUUUCACAGGAGAGGACAGUGCAGAGUUUCACAUUCACGGGGGUCCUGCUGUCAUUAGUGGAGUCUUACAGGCGCUUGGGAGUUUGCCAGGGCUGCGGCCUGCAGAGGCGGGUGAGUUUACCCGACGGGCGUUCUGUGCUGGAAAGUUGGACCUUACAGAAGUAGAGGGUCUAGGUGACCUGAUCCAUGCAGAGACAGAAGCACAGAGGCGACAGGCUCUCCGACAAAUGGCGGGAGACCUGGGCCGCAUUUACCAAGACUGGAGUGUUCGGCUUAAACGAUGCUUGGCGCACGUAGAGGCAUUCAUCGACUUCAGUGAGGAUGAACUCAUAGAGGAUGGAAUCUUAAAUGAUGUGGACACAGCUGUUCGGCAGCUGCAGACAGAUAUGGAAAAUCACCUUUCAGAUCAGCGGAGAGGAGAGCGUCUGCGCAGCGGUGUUCAGGUGGUCAUUGCUGGAAGCACCAAUGCGGGCAAGAGCAGCCUGCUCAACAUGCUCACUCAGCGUCCUGCUGCCAUAGUGUCUGCCACAGCCGGGACCACCAGAGAUGUGGUGGAGGUCCCUCUGGACAUCGGGGGCUAUCCUGUGCUGCUGAGUGACACAGCAGGGCUACGGGACACCACAGACAGUGUGGAGCAGGAGGGCGUCCGGCGCGCCCGUCAGCGGGUGGAGCAGGCAGAUCUGUCUCUGGUGGUCAUCGAUUUGACGCAGCUUCCUUCAGAGCCCCAGCUAGUGCCUGUCUUCCUCAGUGGACACUUGAAGAAUAUCCUGGAGCAGUCGUCUCACAGGCAGGAGUGCAUCCUGAUCCUCAACAAAAGUGACCUCAUCUCCGCGGAGCACAACCGCAGCAUCCAGGCUUCCCUCGAGCAGUCCCCUGAUGUUCCUCCUGCAUGUUUUUUGUCAUGCCAGACCAGGGAUGGCCUGGAGGAUCUCCUGACUUUAUUACACAACAAACUAAAGACUCUGUGUGGCGACCCACUGAUCGGCAGCCCUAGUCUGACUCAGACCCGACACCGGACUCACCUGCAGAAGAGCGUCGAGGCUUUACAUCAGUACCAUCAGUACAAGGACGUGGAUCUGGUUCUGGCGGCAGAAGGGCUUCGUUUGGGCCUCUCCAGCCUGGGCAGGAUCACUGGUAGAGUCGGUCCUGAGGAAAUUUUAGACACCAUUUUCAAAGACUUUUGUAUUGGGAAAUAGAAUAAAAUAAGGAGAAUAAAACAAUAGAAGUGUAAAUGGGUCAACAAGAAAGAUGUUUAUUAUUUAUCAUUUGUAAUUCUAAAAUAAAAAUCAGACUCAAACAUUUAGAGAACUGAUUGUUUUCCAGGGCAUGUACGGUACUGUUCAAAAGCUUGGGGUCAGUAAGAUUUUUUGUUAAAAGAAAUUAAUACUUUUAUUCUGCUAGGAUGCAUUAAAAUGAUCAAAAGUGAUAUUUGUUUCAAUAUUUUAUAUAAUGUUUACACAAUAUUUAUAUUUUAAAUAAACUAUCCUUUUAAAUGUUUUAUUUAUCAAAGAAUCCUAAAAGAAAUGUAUCAUAGUUUUCAUGAAAAUAUUAAGCCAGCCAACUGUUUUCAGCUUCAACUUAUAAGUAAUAUAUAAUAAUAAGUACUGAUAAUAAAUACUGAUAACAACUGAUGAUAAUAAUAAUAAUGAUAAAUGUUUCUUGAGCAGCAAAUCAGCAGAUUUUUGAAAGAUCACGUGACACUGAAGAAUGCUGAAAAUUCAUAUUUGCUUUACAGGAAUAAAUUACAUUUUAAAAUAUAUUCAAAUAGUAAAGUGUAAUAAUAUUUGACAGUUAUUACAAAAGGUGCAAGUAUUCACUGAUGCUCAAGAAGCCAACACACUACAUUAAGAGCCGGGGGUGAACACUUUUGAACAGUGUGAUCGGUGUAAAUAAUUAUUUUGUCUUGUAGGAAGUUUGCCAUUAUCUUAUGUAGUUUCUGAAGGGCAGUACUAAAUAAAAGAUAUUUAAACAAAACAAUAACAAUGUAACUGAUAAAAUGCUUAAAAUCUUGAAAAAAUAUAGUUUAACCCUCAUGUUUUGUUCGGCUCAUUUUGACCCGGAGAUGAUUUUCCCGUACCCGAAAAUGCUAGUUAACGUUUUUGCAUUGGAUUAAAAUGUACUGACUUUACUCAUCCAGAUUGCUUAUAAAUCUGUCAUGCUACAUCAUCACAAAAUAUUGCAUUCAAUCUUUUUGUCAACUUGUUUUCUUUCAAUUAGGACAGGUUUUAUAUUUCUUUUUGGAACUGACCGAUCUUAGGCCUUAUUUAUCUGAGCUUUUUGAGUGGAAAAAAAGCAUUAUUUGUGGAUAAUUUUGUUAAAUAAAAUAUGAAAUAUUG